UCGCGGUUACCAAGGGUGAUUUACGGGAAGAAACGACGCUACACCAGUAACAGAAGUUAUCAACGUAUACUCGUUUCUUGUAUGAAUUAAACACAGUCGUUUAAAUACUUCUCACUGGCAGUGCUUGGUCUAAGGACCGAAGAUGCUUGGAACAAAAGCAGCAACGUCGAUUGGCCCUGAGGGAUGGAGAAAUUCAACUUUGAAAGGAAUAAAACUGUCGCAAACAAUAGUUCAGAAAAGUGACAAAAAUUGUGAUAUUGGACGUUCUAUGGACCCUCUCCCUCAGUUAAGAGAUACAGUAGCACAAUUAAGUAAUGAAGAAAUUCAUCGUUAUACCCGGGAAGUAAGAGGUGUUGUUGCGAAACUCAGAGAAAGUCUUUUGGAAACAAACGAAGAAAUAAAAUCACUAACAAGGGGUAAAGAACAAUUGGAAAAGGCAUUAGAACAUGCAAGGAAAGACAUUCAAUUGAACAAAGACAGCCAAGAAAAUCGCCUUUCUAGACCAACUAAAGAACGGGAACAUGAUGGGGCAGAUGACUUGUUGAGUGCAGAAAGGUCACAUCUCCUCAACUGUAAGAAAGCUCUGGAGGCACAACUGAAGUCUGUACAGCAACAGUUACAUGUGUUAGACCAGGCAAGGAAGAGGUUGUUUAAUGUUCUACAGGAGCGAUCUAGAGUCCUUGACCUCUUGUGUCAUGCACUUUCAUCAGUCGCAAACAGUGCUAAACACAGUGCACGUAUUACCCGUAGUCGUACAUCCCUGGACGGUCGUCUUUCUCGUCUCGGUCCGUCAGUCACAGAUCCACUGGGAUCAUACACGCCGGAAACUGACCAAGCCCUUGCAGAUGCCUUCGAUGCUAGAGCUAGGUCCGCAUAUCUCCGUAAAGAACUGAAAGAAUCAGUUGAACGCACAGACAAACUCACAAAGGCUGCCCAUAAAUCUGUUAAUGAUGGAAUGACACAGAAAUAUUCAGAAACGGUCACAUUGAAGCAACAUUUGACGGUGAGUCAUGGAGAAAACAGACAUGCUAUACAGAGGUCCCAGAGGUGGUAUGAUGCUACAGAGCGUGCCAGAGGAUACACUAUGGGUCCAGUAAUGAGUGCUGACUUGUCCUGCCGUGAGAGACUGGAUCGUCCAAUGGUGCGUGUGUUCCAGCGACAUCCAGGCACACAACUACCAGAGGCACAACAGAUCAUUGAGGGUGGAGAUGGUUUAUUACAUUCACUUACUGCCACAAGUAGAAAUAUUGGUCUUCUUAAAUUAGCCAGUCUACGCCUUGAUGAUGAUAUCCGUAGUAAGAGUGCAGCAGCCUCGAUUGAUGGAAGUAUUAUACGACUCCGGAGACGCAAGUCAGAUCAUAGGUGGACGCUUGGAGCUGCGUUUUAGCAGUGGCAUCUCUAAAAAAACUUUGUUUUUCGUAUUUCAAAACAAGUAUUAUAUUGUUAACCUUGCACUUGAUAAAAUCAAAAUGUGGUUGUUUUUAUACAUUUUAUGUAAAUCUGCACGCUUUGCAUUAAAUAUUAUAGAGGUUAUAA